AUGAAUCUGAUUGGAUCUCCAACUGAAUUGGAACUUUACAAUGAAUUAAGUUCAAAAUAUCCAAGCUUACAUAUUUGCACUCAAACUCCACAACUAAAAGGCGUUAUGACGAUUCUAAGAGAUGUAAAUACAUCAAAAGAAGACUUUGUAUUCUACACUGAUAGAAUAUCCAGAAUUGUACUUGAACAUGCUCUUAAUCUUCUUCCUUAUGACUAUAAAGAAAUUAAAACUCCUAAUGGAAUUCAUCUCAAGGGAAUUGCGUUCAACACUCCUAUUUGCGGUGUUAGUUUAAUAGGAUCCGGUGAAGCGAUGGAAAAUGCGCUUAGAUUUGUAUGCAGAGGAUGUAGAAUAGGAAAAGUACUAUUAAAGAAUUGUUCUGAAAACGAAUGUAGCAACACAAUUUCUGCGGCAUAUGUAAAAUUACCGGAGGAUGUUUCAGAAAGGGUUGUAAUUGUUAUGAGCCCAGUAUUAGGAACCGGUAAAUCAUUGUGUUGCUUGAUAGAAGUGUUGAUGAAGAAUAAUGUCAAAGAAAAAAAUAUUAUUUGUAUGGCACUACUUUCGUCCAAAUUAGCAAUCGAAAAAGUGCUCUCGCAAUUUCCAGAUAUUAAGUUAGUAAUCUCUUCAAUUGACUAUAAUGUUGAUGAAAACAUGCAGGUUAUUCCUGGGGUUGGUAACUUCGGCGAUAGGUAUUUUGGGAUUAGAUGCAAUAAGUAA